AUGCCCAUCAGGGUCAAUUCCGCCUAUCACUCCGCAAGUCUCAUCCUUCAAAACUCCUCCCACAAUGCCGGGUUUAUUGAUGCCGAAGAGACUUAUCAGCCCAUGUGCGCGGAGUGGACCCAGCAGCCUCUUCAUGAGAGCCUGUCGCACCAGACGUGUAGCUCCAAUCCCUGGGAGGCGCCGGGUCCCAUCUCUGCCUCUGUGGCGAUGAUCUGUGUCGGCUGCGUGAGCGCGACGCGCUGGGCGAUCGAUGACGACGUUGUGGUGGAGGCGAGCGAGAUCUUGAGGGAGUCGGAGACCUGCGGCGUGAGCGCCGGGGUGGAGUAG